AUGACUUCUGUCAGUGUGUCCACCCCGGUGAAGAGCCACACUGGGCUCUUCUCGACCAAAACUGCUGGAGGCCGUAUCCCUCUGAGCCCCUCGCCAAACCCCCGUGCCAGCGGCCAAGAGUCGCCUUUCACCCCUCCUCGCCAGGCAGACUCCGGCCGCGGACAAGCCAAAUCUGUCUACGGUGGAAACCUGUCCGCCCACUUUGCCAAGACGUCAGUGUCUAGCAAGUCCUCCAUCUCUACCAAGCCCUCUGCUUCUACCAAGUCCUCGGUACCCGCCAAAUCCUCCGUCUCAAAGACAACUCGCUCCACAUACCGUGAAUCUCCCAAGUCGAACAUCGCCCGCACACGCAAGUCACCCAAGCACCUGGAGCUCGGAGUGUCUGACUGGACUUUGACCGGUACAAGCGCCACAAGCGCAAACACACCUUCCAAGGAGCGUGUUCGAAGAGAGACUGCUCCUCGCACUCGUUCAAGCAAGACCACUGUGCGGAUUUCCCACAACGCCGGUGAUCGUUUCAUCCCAAACCGAGCCGCGAGUGAGGGUCUGGCUACAACUGGUGCCGCGAAGCCCGAAGAGAGUCAACGCCCUAAGAGUGGUGGCAACGGUAAUGAUGGGACCUCAGUUAUUGCAUCGGCAGCCAGUGCCAGUGCUUUCGACAUGGGUGCCCGUGGAUUUGACGAUGAUCUGAGCUCUGCUUUGGAGGGCUUGGGUCUGGAUGACAACGAGCCUUCCACAUACACACGCCCCGCCCUAGAGGCAACUGCAUACAAGUCCUCUCUUGCCGAGGCCUGUGGUGUCAGCAUGAACACUCGCAUUCUCGCCUUCAAGCCUCCUCCCCCUGAGUCAUCCAAGCCCAUUGAUCUCCGUGCUCAGUACAAUCGUCCUCUCCGUCCUGCCAAGUCAACAGCUGCUCAGUUCCGUCGCCGUGUGCAAACAGCACCAGAGCGUGUUCUGGAUGCCCCUGGCCUUUUGGAUGACUACUAUCUCAACUUGCUUGACUGGAGCUCUGGCAACCAGGUCGCUAUCGGACUGGAACGCAACGUGUAUGUCUGGUCUGCCGAGUCUGGAACCGUCAACUGCCUUUUGGAGACCGACCCCGAUACCUACGUCAGCAGUGUGAAGUGGAGUGGAGAUGGUGCUUACGUUGGCGUUGGCCUGGGAACUGGUGAGGUCCAGAUCUGGGAUGUCGAGGAGGGUUCCAAGCUGCGUAGCAUGUACGGCCACGACUCCCGUGUCGGUGUCAUGGGCUGGAACAAGCACACUCUUUCUACUGGAGCUCGCAGUGGUCUCGUCUACAACCACGAUGUUCGCAUCGCUGAUCACAAGAUCGCCGAAUUGGUUUCCCACACCUCUGAAGUCUGCGGUCUCGAGUGGCGUGCCGACGGCGCCCAGCUCGCGACUGGUGGAAACGACAACCUCGUCAACAUCUGGGAUGCUCGUUCUCUCUCUGCUCCCAAGUUCACUAAGACCAACCACCGCGCUGCCGUCAAAGCUCUCAGCUGGUGCCCCUGGCAAUCCAACCUCCUCGCCACUGGCGGUGGUUCAUACGACCGUCACAUUCACUUCUGGAACACCACCACUGGUGCCCGCACCAACAGCAUUGACACCGGUUCCCAGGUGACUUCUUUGCGCUGGAGCAACCACUACCGCGAGAUCGUUAGCUCUAGCGGAUUCCCCGACAACUCUCUUAGCAUCUGGAGCUACCCCACUCUGGUUCGCAACGUUGAGAUCCCUGCUCACGAGACCCGUGUUCUUCACAGCGCUAUCAGCCCAGAUGGUCAGAUGCUGGCUACCACGGCUGCUGAUGAGAGCUUGAAGUUCUGGAAGAUCUUCGAGCGCAAGGCUGGGACCAGUGCCUCCGCUGCUCGUGAGGGUGGUGUUGGCAGCAAGGCCCAGAUGACCAAGUCUAUGACUAUCCGCUAA